AUGAAGUCGUUCACACAGUCUUUCGCAGCGCCUUACGAUGAAGGGUUGUUCGUGCCUGUUGAGCAACUUAGCGCACUCUCAGAGGCCCAAUUCACCACCCUGGGCCAUCCUUUAUUUCCGAACCAUAGCGUUCGGAUUAAGAAGUCUUCUGAUUUCUGUGAUGGAACUGUGAAUGCUUACACGGGGUACAUCGACAUCCAGGCCAGGCAUCUAUUCUUCUACUUUUUCGAGAGUAGGAACGAUCCUGCCAAAGAUGAUGUGAUCUUCUGGACCAAUGGUGGUCCUGGGUGUUCCUCCAGCCUUGGCGUUUACGUAGAACUAGGACCUUGUCGAGUGGUGAACGACACUAGCACGGUGUUCCAUCCCGAGUCCUGGAACUCUAAUGCGAAUAUCUUCUUCGUGGAUCAGCCAAUUGGUGUAGGUUUCUCGUACGCAGACUAUGGAGAGACUGUGAGCACUACUGAGGAAGCUGCACAAGAUAUUGCUGCGUUUGUCGCGAUUUUCUUUGAAAAUUUCACUCAGUUCAAAGGACGUGCGUUCCACAUGGCCGGAGAGUCUUAUGGAGGGCGUUACGUUCCAGUUUUCGCUGCUGCAGUCUACGACCAGAAUGCCAUGUUGGCUGCGGCUGGUGUUACUCCAAUCAACCUUCAGUCUAUUAUGAUCGGCAACGGUCUGACCGACUUUUACACAAUGACGGCGGCCUAUGUAGACAUGCAAUGCACUGGCGCAUCAGUCUUUCCUGUGCAGAGCAUCUCUGCGUGUAAUCGUAUGAAACAAGCGCUCCCUCGGUGCCAAAAGUGGUUGACAGAAUCAUGCAUCACCCAGUUCGAUUUGAUGAACUGUGAAGCAGCUUCAAACUUUUGUGACACUGAGAUAUCAGCACCUCUUUUCACGACUGGCAUGAAUCCCUACGAUCUCAGCAAGGUCUGUGAUGGACCUAUCGAGGAGACAUUGUGUUACCCGAUCACGCUGUCUAUGGCGAGCUACCUUGACCAACCCUCCUUGCGUCAGAAACUUGGCGUGGACGCCGCUGUCACAGGUAACUAUAGCUCCUGCAGUGAUCCUGUUGGACAGGCUUUCUCGUUGGCUAUGGAUGAGUAUCACCCAACCUACCCUCACGUUGCCGCACUUCUUGAGCGCGGCGUACACGCAUUGAUAUAUGUGGGAUCUUAUGACUGGAUCUGCAACUGGCUUGGUAACCAGGCGCAGUUUGGGCAGCAACCCCUCGAGUCUUGGCUGGUUGAUGGAAAAGUUGCUGGAAAGACUAGGAGUGCGAACGGACUCACGUUUGCCACUGUGGAAGGUGCAGGCCAUAUGGUUCCGCUCGACAAACCCAAAGAAGCACUUGUCAUGGUACAGCGUUGGUUGGCUGGGAGGGGCUUGUAG